AAAGAACGUUUCUCAUAUUGGCUUGGGUUCGUAAUUGUUUGUUUCGUUUUUAAAUCUGAUGCGUAAAUUUCAUCAUCGUAUUCAAAGCGCGCCGAUUUUUCAGUGAAAUAUGAUUAUUUGUAUUUCAUAAUUUAUCAUCGAUUUGAUAUUACAUUUGUACUGUUUCAACAAUAAAGAAAUAGUCACUACAUAUAAGUUAUUGUGUGCAUAUUUUGCUAUACAUAUAAUGGAUCCGAGCGAUCACAAUCCACCUGAUGAAAUUGAAAGAAAGUCGAAUGAAGCUUAUCAGAAAGUGAUUGGCCAUCUGAUGAAUAAUGCUUUGGUUUUGAAUAACGAGUUUCAACAGAGAAACGAAAAUGCUCGAAAUGGACAUCAAGCACUGCUUUUAAAAAUAUCUAAAUCGAAUGAGAAGCUCAAACGGGCCAACAGACGUUUAAAGAAGAAGGUCAUUCUUCGACAGAAAUUGUUGGCAAAUUACGAACUAAGACUUGCUAAAUCCAUGGCUGAUCUAUUUGCUUUGAGAAAAGAGUUGGCAAAAUUGAAAGAAGUAAAAGAAUCUGAUAAUGCAAGGAUUGAAAAUUUGGUGGGAAAUGUAAAGCGACUUAAGCGCAAACUCUUGCAUCUCCAAAGAAUGGAUAUGGAGUGGAAUCAUGAUGAAUUCAGUAUAAAAGUCAGAGAAUUGAAACAAGAAAUCUAUAAAGUGGGAAAAAUCCAUGGUUUAAAAGGAAUGCAUUUUGUAAAAGAUAUAAAUGAGCGCAAGGAGUUAGAAAAGGAAAAAACUGAGCUAAAACAGAUUGAAGAAGAGAAUGAAAAGUUUCAGCAAUCGAUAAAAAACAUCGAAAAUAGGCUUGCAGAAAUUGUGCCAGUGAAUGCAAAUUUUGAGAUGGAUUUUAUGGAAACGGAACACUUUUUGUCUGAACCAUCUAAAACCAGUGAAUAGUAGUAUCGAGAAGAAUCGGAAGUCUUGAUAUGCUGGAUAUCGAUGGACAGCAUGCACUCUCCCAAUAUUCAUUCCAGAAAUGAUACAAAAAGCUAUGGCUUUUGACUCUUUGACUAUUAAUGAGACAAAUAUGCCCCACUCACAUUUUAAAUUUCAAUAAAAAUAAAAUUUUCUUUGGAGCUCAUUGUAAUAAAUCCACUUGUAGAUAAAGGAUACUCAUAAAUCUUUCAUUAUUAUUUAAUUACCAAAAUAUGGUAUCUGUUUUCUUGCCAGUGCCAUUAUUUAUCGACAUCCUUUAUAUUUUACAUGCGAUUUUGCUAGUUUUGAUCUCUUGGUCAGCAUUGUGCACAUAUUUGCAUUAAACAUUGAUUAUAAAUUGUAAAUAUAUAAAUACUGCUAUUUAACUAAUAAUGUUUGAGAUAGUACUCGACUUUAUUCAGAGGAAAAAACAAUUUUUCAGUUAUGGGACCAUCAUGUGCCUAACCAAGAAAAUGUAGAACUUUAAAGUAAAAAAAAUAAA